AACCCCUACUCCUAUAAUAUAAAGAGAAAAACGCUCUCUUUUCACUUCUCUCUCUCUGCUUUCGCUUUCUUGCCUGAUAGUUUCUUUUUCUUUCUUAAUUUUUUUUUGAAGAGCUGGUCUCUCUUGAAAAACUUUGCCGGAACUUCAUUUCAAAAGAGAAGAAAAGGAAAAAAAAAGUUAAUAAAUAUAAAUUUUUUUCUUGGCGUCCAAACAGAAGGUGGCGAAUCAAAUGUGAUGGGAAGUGGACUCUCCUCCCUCUUCCCUUGUUUCAAACCAGGGACUAACCAGACCCAACAUGAACAGCCGGACCUGAUCUUCACGGCCUCUGAGCCGUUAGAUGAAACCCUAGGUCACUCUUUCUGCUACGUACGAUCCUCUAACCGUUUUGUCUCUCCCACUCCCUCCGAUCGCUUCGUCUCUCCUUCUCAAUCCUUGCGUUUCUCUCCUUCCCGUGCCGGAACAGCUUCCGAGACCCGACCCGGAUUGCCGGAGACUUGGUUCAAGUCUAUUUCCGGUGCUUCUGUUAGUGCCAACGCUUGGACUCCCAGAACUGUCCUCCAACAUGAGAAUAUUUACGACGAUGCCAUUGACAGUAGUGGCUUUGCUACUGGUGUUACUGGUGGUGGAGUGAGGGGCAGUAUUGUGAACGUGGAUGGAUUUGAAAGCACGGCGUCGUUCAGCGCGUUGCGUUUACAGCCGGUGCCACGUGGUGGAGAGGGGUUCUUCAUGUCUGGUCCUAUCGAGCGGGGUGCGGUAUCCGGUCCACUCGACGCGAACUCGGGGACUGACAAUAGUGGGCAGGUACACUUCUCCGCGCCGCUCGGUGGCGUUUAUGUCAAAAAGAAACGAAGGAAGGGUAUUUCUGGGAUCAAGAAGGCGAUAUAUCGGAACUUAUCGGAGAAGAAUCGGCCGUGGGUGGUGCCGGUGCUGAAUUUGGUGAACCGGAGAGAUAAUUCGAGAACCGGAGAAGAGAGGGAGAGCCAAGCUGAGAGUAAUGUGCAGUGGGCAUUAGGGAAAGCGGGCGAGGAUAGGGUCCAUGUCGUUGUAUCUGAGGAGCAGGGUUGGUUGUUUGUUGGGAUUUAUGAUGGGUUUAACGGCCCUGAUGCGCCCGAGUUCUUGAUGGGGAACCUCUACAGGGCUGUGUAUAGAGAACUUCAGGGGUUGUUUUGGGACGUCGAAGAGCCAGAAGAGGCAAGUAAUGUAGCAUCAACAGUUGUAGUGGGAAGUGAGAACACAACUAACCCAUCAAUAGAAAGAAUUUGUAAAGAUUAUGGGGAGUGUUCAGCCGGUGAAAUAGAAUCGAAUUUAGUGUACCAGGAUCAAGGAAAUGUAGCGAAAGAUGAUCCAUCGAAUGAAAAGGUUGUUGAGAGGAACUGGGGCGGUACAAUUGGCGGAACUGAAUCGAGCUCGGUGCCUCAUGAAAGGGCAAAGAGGGUUACGUUUCAAUCAGAGGGGUUAGAGAUUACACAAAGAAGGCGGUUAUGGGAAUUCCUUGCGGAGGAAGAUGCAGAAGACGGGCUUGAUCUCUCCGGGUCUGAUAGGUUUGCCUUUUCUGUUGAUGAUGCAAUUAGCAUCAGCAAUGCGGGGUCUGCAGUCAGUAGAAGGUGGUUAUUGCUGUCAAAAUUGAAACAAGGGUUGUCAAAACAUAGGGAGAAAAAUUUGUUUCCAUGGAAAUUUGGAUUGGAGACAAAAGAGAAGGUGGGGAGCAGUAAAGUGGAGGAGCGGGGCUCAAAGAGGAAGCGGAAGGAGGGACCUGUGGAUCAUGAAUUGGUUUUGAGGGCGUUAUCAAGGGCGCUAGAGAUGACUGAACUAGCAUACCUGGAUAUGACCGAUAAGGUGCUGGAUACAAAUCCUGAGUUAGCGUUGAUGGGUUCUUGUUUAUUGGUGGUCUUGAUGAGGGAUGAGGAUGUAUAUGUGAUGAAUGUGGGUGAUAGCAGGGCAAUCGUGGCACAGUAUGAGCCAGAAGAUGUUGGUUCUAGUGUGGGUGGUGAUGGAUUGAGCAUGGAGGGGGUAGCCGAGGGUUCCACUCAUGUGAUGAGGUUGACUGCAUUGCAGCUGUCAACUGAUCAUAGCACAAGCAUUGAAGAAGAAGUUUUAAGAAUCAAGACUGAGCACCAAGAUGACAGCCAUUGUAUUGUCAAUGAUAGAGUGAAGGGUCGUCUUAAGGUUACCAGAGCUUUUGGAGCCGGAUUUCUCAAACAGCCCAAGUUUAAUGAUGUUUUGUUGGAGAUGUUUCGGAAUGAAUAUAUUGGUACUGCACCAUAUAUAUCUUGCAUACCUUCUCUCUGUCACCAUCAACUUUGUCCAAGAGAUCUAUUUUUAGUCCUCUCAUCUGACGGGCUAUAUCAAUAUCUGACCAAUCAAGAAGUGGUUUCUCAUAUUGAGAGUUUCAUGGAGAAGUUUCCAGAUGGUGACCCAGCGCAACACCUGAUAGAGGAGCUUCUUUCUCGCGCAGCCAAGAAAGCUGGGAUGGAUUUCCAUAAAUUACUAGACAUCCCACAAGGAGAUCGUCGGAAGUACCAUGAUGAUGUUACUGUUAUGGUGAUAUCUCUUGAAGGAAGGAUCUGGAAGUCAUCAGGAAAAUGUCCUUGAAAUAAUGUAAGGUAGCACAUAGCAAGGUUUUGGUCGGGUGCAAACAAGAUGAGAAGAAAUACCCUGGAUAGCCUGGAAGCAGUUUAGGAAAAACUGGUGGAAGUUUCAGCUUGACUUGGGAAGCUCAAGAGUGCUUAAAGAGAAGUACUUCCCCUGUUCUGAUGUCAGGCCGGCCUCGUUGGUUCAGCCCCUCAGGGAUGGAGAAAUUUUUUGUGGGAUAGGGAUAUCCUUGAAAAGGCACUCGCUGACGGGUUAAUGAAGAGGUAAAUAAUUCUGAGAUCAAUUGGGUAUCGCAGCUUAUGUAUCUUGACUGAGGAUAUUGGCUUCCGCUGCCAUUAAUGAGGUGUUUGAUGAUGAAAUCCAGGGGCAUUUGACCACGGAUGGAAGAGCUCUUUCACAAAAGCAUGGAAGACGGGAAUAAUGUCGCUCAGCUGCACAUAUGGAAAUCUAGAAACAGUCAGCCCUUUUGAAAACCCGAGGAUCUCCUGAGUCCGACAUUGUACCAUUUCUAUGAUUUCUUGGCAUCACAAAUUUUCCUUGAAAAAUAAUUAUGGUCUUUAAAUCGUUAAAAUUUUUAGGAAUAUUUAGUUUAGUUUUAGUUAUUGAAUAUAAUAUAGAUGAAUUAUAUCUGAUUGUUAGUGUUUAAAAUGUAAAAUUAUUAAUAAGGUAUAUAUUAAUAUAUUAAUGAAAUAAAUAUGAAAGUAUUAAUUAUGAGAGCCACCUAUGUUUUCGUGUUUUCAAGCCUUGAAAUGGCCAUUUUGGAUUGUUUUUGACGUUACAUGGGGUAUUUACAUGGGUCAUGUGAUAGGUUGUGUAAUAUUCUGACCAAAUUGGUGCAGAACCUGGGUCAUAUAAACUUUAAAGGACCCAUGUAAUAAUUGCAUAGGGCUUGUUUAUGGCCAU